AUGCAAAUGGCGGGACUGGAAUCAAUGGUCGUAGAAGAGGUUAAGCCAGUUGAUAGAGAAAAGACUUGCCCAUUAUUACUUCGUGUGUUCUGUUCUACUGGAAGGCAUAAUACUCCUGGUGACUAUGCUAGGGGCAAUGUACCUCAAAACGAACUUCAAAUUUAUACAUGGAUGGAUGCCACACUAAGAGAACUUACUGGUAUGCUGAUGCGUAACAUUGCGUAG